GCAGGUAUAAAAGCAAUGAUCACUGACACAACUUCCUCUUUCAGGUCUCAGAUCAACCAACGCAGUAACACAGGUCUCAGAUCAACCAACGCAGUAACACAGGUCCAAUGGCAGCCAUGGAGAAAUCUGAGCCUCUUGACAGCAUUAGUGAUUCAUCGUCAGAUCAAAUAACUACAAAGAUGGAGAACAUGAAGAUGGCUGAGCCUAAUGAUAGCACGAUUUAUCCAAAAAAGGAACACUGUCACUCAUUCUCCUUCAGUUGCCCAACUUGUAAAAUACCCAAAGAGGAAAUCACCUGCACCAACCCUGGAACAAUAUUGAGAGCUCUUGAAACUAAUGACACAUUCAAGGAGUUAAACCAAAUGGACAGGAAGACACUGAAAGGGAAAGACAUUGUCAUCAGCAGUUCUCACGGGUACAUAGUGAAGCACUUUCCAUGUUGGCUGAUCAAAGAGGAUGACCAUCUCACUAUUAAGAUGGUCACACAUGCCACAGAUGAACCUGCAGGGGUCACGGAUCAGGAAACAGACAAUUAUGUCACUUUCUCUGUUGAGACAAUGGGAGGGAAAAACAGCAAAUCAAAACAAAUACUUGGAAACAAACAACUGGAGUCCUACGGACCUCUAUGUGUCUAUGCAAAACAGAAGGAGGAAGUGAAGAAGGCUCUACGAAAUGAUGGACGCUUCUCAAACAUUGUGUUUGAACAGAGAUGCCAGCUCUCUGAGCGAUCAACAGGAAUCAAGGUUUCAAUGGGGCAAAUUGCAAAAAAACUUAAUGGUAGAAACUUUGAAAUCUGUCUGACAAAGCAUAAGGAGAAAACGGCAAUUAAGAUGGAAACAUCUGACUCCACAAUAAAAACAAAAAACAUUGUAACCACGCAAACAUCUCUGUUCAACCCAAGCCCUGACUCUGAAGGAGACGACACACAGAUGUCUCCAUCGACGCUAACAACAUAAACAUCAGAUGUAGGGGAGUCCUCUUCGAGAAGAAAGCAGAAACGAAAAUGCAUUCCCGUGCCAAAACAUGGUGAAAUAUUGACGAUCCUUCGCAACCAGUUUGAAGAUCUGGUGAAGCAGAUGGAAAGUAGGAGGGAGGACAGCCAACAGAAGACAUUUCCUGAAGAGUUGGAUCUCAUGAAGCAGGAAUUCGGGAAAAUCAGACAAAAGUUCUCUGAGGUUCACAGAGUGAAGAAAUUGAUUGAACUUGGUGCCUCCGUUUGUCAGGUGAUUGUUGAAGGUGUUCAGGGUGUUCUGGGGACAGGCUUCGUGCUGUUUGACAACUACAUCCUAACAAAUGCACAUUUGUUUGGUGAAAAUGUAAGAGAAAACAUACAGUUGUUAGUCGAUGUAUCUGUAAAGUUCAACUAUGAAAAUCCAAAUGGAUACGAUGUGAACGUAUUCAGAGCAAAAACCCUGCUGAUCGACUUUCAAUAUGGACAUCAGGGAAAACAUCAUAUAGACUAUGCCAUACUGGAGCUGGAUCCUCAGAAUAAGA